GGCGAGCUGUCAUCUGAACUGAUGACGACCAGUGGUGUCCGUCAAGGAUGCCCAUUAUCUCCUUUUCUAUUCAACUUCAUCAUAGAUGUGUUAAUGGACUUAACCCUAGGUGACUUCAGCGACUCAGGGAUUGACUUGCUACCGGGGAAUAAUCUCGUUGACUUGGAAUAUGCAGACGAUAUAGUCCUUCUAGGCGAAGACGCUGACGAAAUGCAGAGUCUUCUAAACACCUUGAGCCGCAAUCUACGAAUGUUUGGCAUGCGAUUCGCUCCCGCCAAAUGCAAGAUGAUGUUACAGGACUGGACUACAUCGACGCCUAGUUUAAAAAUAGGAAGUGAAGUGGUAGAGCACGUUGACCGCUUCACUUAUUUGGGAAGUACCAUCAGCCCCAACGGGCUGAUCUCUGACGAAAUCUCAGCACGAAUACAAGGGGCUCGUUUCGCAUUUGUUAGUUUACGCCGACUCUGGCGUAGACGAGAUGUUCGACUAUCGACCAAAGGGCGGGUGUACUGCUCAUCAGUCCGCUCCGUCCUCCUUUAUGGUUGUGAGACCUGGCCACUGAGAGUGGAAGACAUGAAAAGACUAGCUGUCUUUGAUCAUAGGUGCCUGCGUUCUAUUUCCCGUGUAAAGUGGCAUAAUAAGGUGAGCAACAUGGAGGUUAGGCGUAGAGUUCUAGGUAAACAGGGGAAAUCAAUCGACGAAGUCGUGAAGCUACAAAGACUGAGAUGGUUAGGACAUGUGUUACGUAUGCCAAGCCAUCGCCUCCCUCGACGAGCAAUGUUAGCGGAUAUAGGGUCAGGCUGGAAAAAAGCUAGCGGCGGUCAAACAAAAACUUGGCAUCAGUCAAUGAAAUCCACAACAGUUGGUCUAAGCCACGUAGGAAGGUGUAGACUUCCAGGCUGGGGUCCUCGGGACGGUAAAAAUCUAUGGUUGGAAACAAUUGGUGACAUGGCUCAAAAUCGUUCUCAGUGGCGCAGAUGCAUCCACUCCUUGUGACUUAUGAUCUCCAAUGAAACUGUUUUGUUCUUCUUUAUUACUCCUUUGUCUCACACCUCUGCUCACUGUUUCUAUUAUGCUUUUCUUGUACUUUCUUCUCUUGCUUCGCGUGCUACACGGAAUGUGGCGACUUGAACUUCCGCACAUUUGUGCAAAGUUCUAUG